CAGGUCAUGGUACAGCUGGGCUAAAAGUGUACGUUUGAGGUUAAGUUAGUUAGGGAAAUUUCAUAAUUAGAGAAAAUCUGUGGAAAACCUAAGAAGCUGAUUGAAGAUGUGCCGACGGAAGAGUAACUGGUCUUCUUUUGAGGUUAUCCUGACCACUGUGGUCAUUGUGCUGUUUAUUGUGUGUAUUGGACUGAGCGUUGUCUCCUGGUUGGUUCUCGAAUCUGCUAAUCAAGACCCUGCAGUGUCCCCCAACUCCACACUCAGUGGGAGUCUGACCAUCUCUAAAGGAGCUGUUUUUACUCAGGAGCUCAAAAACAAAAGCAGUGUGGAGUUCAAAGCCCUCGCCUUCGACACUGAACUUCUGAUCUCUGAAGCCUUUGGAUGGAGCUCCCUCAAAGAUAACUUCAGAAGCUGCAGAGUGACAGAGUUCAGUCAGGGAAGUGUUGUCGUGGACUUUGAACUUUUCUUCCUCGAUGCUGUGGAUUCAAAAUCAGCAGAAGAUGAGUUGGUAGCCAGUGUCCAGACCAAUGGAGGACUCGUAAUAGACACUAGCAGCAUUCAGGUCUCAGCGGUGAAGUGUCCAGAUGGCGAGAAGGCAUGCAGAGAUGGCAUCAGCUGUGUCUCUCUCACAAACUUCUGUGAUGGGAUCCUGAACUGCCCUGACGGCUCGGAUGAGUCUGAUCGAAUCUGUGCGACGGUAUGUGAUGGCCAAUUCCUCUUGCAUGGUCCGAACGGAUUCUUCCAUUCUAAAAACUUUCCACAUGAUUACGACAUUGAUACAAACUGCCACUGGAUCAUCCGGGUUAAUGAUGGAUUCUCUAUAAAGAUAGUCUUUGAGGUUUUCCAAACUGAGGAAGAAAUCGAUUUUCUAUAUCUGUAUGAGGGAACUGGACCUGGAAAAACACUGGCAUACUCACUGUCAGGCUCCUCUCCUGGAAUCAUCUGGCUGUUUUCCAGUGAAGCGACUGUGGAAUUCUCCUCUGACUCCAUCAGCAACCAGCAAGGCUUCAAUGGCUCUUACUGGGAGGAGAACAUCAGCAUGCUUUCAAAUGAGGAGAAGAUAAAAUGCUCGUUUGAGGAUGGGUUCUGUUACUGGAGGCAGGAUCCUAUGGAUGAUGCAGACUGGGUCAGAACAUCAGGCUCCACUUUCCCUCCCCUCACUGGACCAAGCUUUGACCACACACUGGGCAACCAGUCUGGGUUCUACAUUGUAACUCCAAGCAGUCCAGGCAACUGGGAGAAGGUUUUCCGCCUCUACAGUCUUCCUCUGUCCUCAGCUAAUGGAGAAAUUUGUCUGCAGUUCUGGUAUCACAUGUAUGGGGUGGACGUCUUUCGUCUGGCGGUGAUGAUGGAGCGAGGGUCACUCAGUACAGUUCUCUUCCAGCAGGAAGGAAACUAUGGAGAUAACUGGAACUACGGCCAGAUAACCCUAAACAGCACUGCUGACCAAACGAUUGUUUUCGAAGCGCGGAAAAACGGGGGCCUGAGGAACGAUAUUGCUCUGGAUGACGUCACUUUAACCUCUGGACCCUGUAGAGAAAACCCAUAUCCAGAACCGACUCCGGUUCCUCUCCCCACCACUCCCACACCUAUAAGACCUGACUGCGGGGGUCCUUUUGAUCUGUAUGAACCAAAUACAAUCUUCAGCUCACCAAACUAUCCGAACGGCUAUGGGCAUAAUGCAUCAUGUUUGUGGACACUGCACGCCAAAGAAGGGCAAAAUAUCCAACUACAUUUCCAAGAUUUUGCACUGGAAUCAGCGUAUGACAUGGUGGAAGUUCGUGAUGGAGUGGAUCCUUAUUCAACAUUACUAGGUGUCCUAACUGGAGAUCGUGUGUUUCCUGACCUCUAUUCCACAACCUCUCAGAUGACAGUGAGGUUUUUCUCUGAUAUUUCUGGGAAUAACAGAGGAUUUCUCGCAAAUUUCAGCACAGGCGUCGGCCUCGGGGAGCCGGAGCCAUGUAAGACAGGGCAGUAUCAGUGCAGGUCAGGACCCUGUGUGUCCAGUUCCAGUGUGUGCGACAGCGUGGUCAACUGUCCUGAUGGUUCUGAUGAGGCAUACUGUGUACAAUCAAUUCCAGUAAACAUCACUGGAGCUCCACGACUGAAGCUUCAGAUUCAGGACAACCUCUACACAGCCUGCUUUCUGAACUGGACCCCACAGUUCUCAAACUUCUUCUGCCAGUAUUUAGGCUAUAGGUCAGGACAUAAUUCCAUUUUGCCCCAGUCAGAGGAGGAUGCUCCCUUUGUCAUUGUUGACUUCCCUACUAAUGGCUCUUUGAAAUUAACGCCCAGUGAGAGAUGUCCGACUGAAUUUGUUAUAUCACUUCACUGUGACAACCAACCAUGUGGAAAGCAGAAGAUUACCAUAAAUUCUGGCUCCAGGACAGGAGGGAUAUGGGUGGAGGAGGAUGUAGGAAAGGCUGAGAGUUCCUCAGGCCGGGUGGUUGGAGGAGAGGAUGCACUGAAAGGAGCCUGGCCCUGGACGGCAUCUUUGAAGUGGACGGGCCGGCACGUCUGUGGGGCGGCUUUAAUCGACAGAGAGUGGCUGAUCACUGCUGCACACUGUGUUUUUGGGAGAAAUAUCCAUCUCUCUAACUGGGCGGUGGUGUUAGGUCUUCAUGCCCAGUAUGAGUCGGACACUUCUGAAAGACAGACUCAUCUAGUAGACCAGGUUAUAAUGAACCCUCGUUAUAACAGACGGACUAAAGAAUCAGAUAUUGCUCUGAUUCACUUACAGACUAAAGUCAACUUCACAGAUUACAUUCAGCCUAUCUGCCUGCCACACCCUGACCAGCAGUUCGCGCCAGGGAGAAGGUGUUUUGUUGCUGGCUGGGGGAGAAUGACUGAAGGAGGUCCAGUAGCAGAUGUGAUGCAGCAGGCUGUGCUGCCCCUUCUUAAUAACUCUCAGUGUCAGGAGUGGCUGCCUGAGUAUAACAUCACCAAGCGCAUGGUGUGCGCAGGAUACGCUGAAGGAGGGGUGGACUCCUGUCAGGGUGAUUCUGGAGGUCCGCUGAUGUGUGAGGAAGAGAAGCACUGGGUUCUGGCAGGUGUGACAUCGUUUGGAGUGGGUUGUGCUCGACCAAAGCGGCCCGGAGUCUAUGCCCUGGUCAGCGAGUUCAUAGACUGGGUGGUGGAGAAUCGACGCUUCAACUCACACUGGACUGGAUCAAGAUAAAAACAAGAUUAUAAUGGCACUAAUGAGGGAGAAAUUAGUUGGAUGCACAGUUUAAAAAAGCAAUAUAUUUUUUCUUCAGUGUUUAUUGAACAAGUAACAUUUUUAACAUCUCCCCCAGACAAACCAACACUGCACGAUACAUUUACUUCAGCUUUGCUAUUGUAAUCAUAAAUAACAUCAGCUGUUAUGUUAUUCUAGCCACACAUUUAGCUAGUUAGCUCUUUAGCAACUUUAGUCAACAAUUCACAAUUAUAAAUGUACUUCAGUACUCAAGUCACAUGUGAGUAAAAUCCACACAGAGAAAGGUAGUUAGUCUUUUAGUAUACAAAGAAAUGCUGAGGCUAAAAAAGUUACUAACAUUACUAAUAUUGCUAACAUUACUAAUAUAGCCCUGUACAGAUGUCACCACUGCAUAAAGAAGGAGCAGUAAUAAAUAAACUCAUCAUUGAUUGGUGAACGGUUUUAUCAAACAUUCAAUUCACUCUACUUUUCUUCUUACUUACCACAUAAUUUGACAUAUGGUCAUUCCUUUUUUGAUGUCUAAUCUAUAAUGUAGAUUUAUAUACACAUUCAAUAGUAAAAAAUCUGAUUUAUCAAUAAUAUGAACCAUAUACUGCUACAAAUAAUGUAUGAAGUGAUUCUAAUGUGCUAUAUCACAGCUUGUAUAUAAUCAGUAGAUAUUUGUAAAGAACUGUAAAGAUAAACGAUUCUAAAUGACCGAGUAAGUUAGAACAUUAAUAAUAAAGUUAACAUUACAUAACAUUACUAUGCAGAAUUAAACAUAUUUCAAAAAUACAUAUACUGUAUAAAGGCCUGGACAAUAUUGUAAAAGUCUUCAUCACAAUAUAUUUCUUAAUUUUAGUUGAUAGAAUACAAUUAAUAUCGAUAUGAACAGUAUAAAAGCAUCCACCUUUUGUGUACGUAAUCACUGCACAUGAUAUGGUAAAAAUAUUAUAUUACAAUAUUUAAAACAUUUUCUCAACACACAGUAUUAAUGUAUACACUCAGUAUACACUCUGUAAAGAAAUUUGAUAGAAACUUUAUCAAGAAAAUAUCAUAAAAUAUUGUUAUAUUGUCCAGCUCUAGUCAUAUACUAUGAAUGUCACUUAAAUGUGUUUAUACAUUUCAAUGCCUGAUAAGGAAAUAUUGUAAUUAAAUAAUUUCAGUGUAUUAUUACCUAUGAAAAAUGUUUUGAAUU